UGCCGGGAGCCGGGCUGGGCUGGCCCGGCCUAGCUGCGGGCGGAGUGAGGUGGGACCCGCUUUGGGUGGCGGCGGCAGUAGCAGAGGUGGUGGCUGAGGCAGCGGACGUACGGGGCGGCUGCGGCGCACUUGGAACCCCGGGAGCGGCAGCGAGGUGUGCGCCCCUGUGGGGAGCCGGGGCCUCAGGCCAGCCGGCAGGACACGAUGAACUACCUGAAUGUGCUGGCCAAGGCCCUUUAUGACAACGUGGCCGAGUCCCCGGAUGAGCUCUCCUUCCGCAAGGGCGACAUCAUGACGGUGCUGGAGCGGGACACACAGGGCCUGGACGGCUGGUGGCUCUGCUCACUGCACGGGCGCCAAGGCAUUGUGCCCGGGAACCGCCUCAAGAUCCUGGUGGGCAUGCACGACAAGAAGCCUGCAGGGCCCGGCCCUGGCCCGCCUGCGCCCCUGGCCCCGCCCCAGCCGGGCCUCCACAACCCAACGGCCCAGUACACGCCCAUGCUGCCUGUCACUUACUCACCCCAGCCUGAUAGUGUCUACCUGGUGCCCACCCCGAGCAAGACCCAGCAGGGCCUCUACCAAGCCCCUGGGCCCAGCCCACAGUCCCAGUCUCCCCCAGCCAAGCAGGCGUCCACGUUCUCGAAGCAGAUGCCCUAUCACCCGUUCCCCAGCCCAGCCGCAGACCUUUACCAGGUGCCUCCAGGGCCUGGCAGCUCCACCCAGGAUAUUUACCAGGUGCCUCCUUCUGCUGGGAUGGGGCAUGACAUCUACCAGGUUCCUCCGUCCAUGGAUGCACGCAGCUGGGAGGGGACGAAGCCACCGGCAAAGGUGGUGGUGCCUACCCGUGUGGGGCAGGGCUACGUGUUUGAGGCCUCCCAGCCGGAGCAGGACGAGUACGACAUCCCACGCCACCUGCUGGGCCCAGGACCCCAGGACAUCUACGACGUGCCCCCUGUUCGAGGGCUGCUUCCCAGCCAGUACGGCCAGGAGGUAUAUGACACACCUCCCAUGGCUGUCAAGGGUCCUAAUGGCUGGGACCCAUCACUGGACGUGUAUGACGUGCCCCCCAGUGUGGAGAAGAGCCUGCCGCCCUCCAGCCACCACGCAGUGUAUGAUGUUCCUCCAUCGGUGAGCAAGGAUGUCCCUGAUGGCCCACUACUGCGUGAAGAAACCUAUGACGUGCCCCCUGCCUUUGCCAAGGCCAAGCCCUUCGACCCAGCCCGCCACCCGCUGGUCCUCGCUGCACCCCCUGCAGACUCACCGCCAACUGAGGAUGUGUACGAUGUGCCACCCCCUGCCCCCGACCUCUACGACGUGCCUCCUGGCUUGAGGCGGCCUGGCCCUGGCACCCUCUACGACGUGCCUCGCGAGCGGGUCCUUCCUCCUGAGGUGGCCGACAGCAGCGGGGCUGACGAUGGUGUGUAUGUGGUGCCCCCACCGGCUGAGCGGGAGGCGCCAGCCGAAGCCAAGCGCCUGUCUGCCUCCAGCACAGGCAGCACUCGCAGCAGCCAGUCAGCAUCCUCCCUGGAGGCGCCAGGGCCGGGCCGCGAGCCCCUGGAGCUGGAGGUGGCUGUGGAGGCCCUGGCCCGGCUGCAGCAGAGCGUGAGCACCACUGUAGCCCACCUCUUGGACAUGGCGGGCAGUGCUGGCGGGUGUGGGGGCUGGCGCAGUAGCACCGAGCCUCAGGAGCCCCCGGUGCCGGACCUGCGAGCUGCCGUGGCCGCCGUCCAGGGGGCCGUCCUUGAGCUGCUGGAGUUUGCCCGCAGUGCUGUGGGCAACGCUGCCCACACUUCUGACCGCACGCUGCAUGCCAAGCUUAGCCGGCAGCUCCAAAAGAUGGAGGACGUGUACCAGACGUUGAUGGCCCACGGUCAGACCGUCGACAGUAGCCGAGGGGGCCCUGGGGCCACUCCUGAAGACCUGGACCGCCUGGUGGCCUGCUCACGGGCCGUGCCCGAGGAUGCCAAGCAGCUGGCCUCCUUCUUGCAUGGCAAUGCCUCGCUGCUCUUCAGACGGACCAAGGCCCCUGUCCCAGGGCCCGAGGGAGGCGGCUCCCCGCAUCCCAACCCCACCGACAAGGCCAGCAGCAUCCAGUCCCGGCCCCUGCCCUCACCCCCCAAGUUCACCUCCCAGGACUCACCAGAUGGGCAGUACGAGAACAGUGAGGGGGGCUGGAUGGAGGAUUACGACUACGUCCACCUACAGGGGAAGGAAGAGUUUGAGAAGACUCAGAAGGAGCUGCUGGAAAAGGGCAACAUCAUGCGGCAGGGGAAGGGCCAGCUGGAGCUGCAGCAGGUCCACAGGAAGUCGCAGAGAGAACACAGAGCAGUCCUGUGUGCCCAUCCCCCGGGUCCCACCCCACAGUUACCACUGACUGGAGAGCAGCCCCCAGGCCCAGAGCUGAAGCAGUUUGAGCGGCUGGAGCAGGAGGUGUCACGACCCAUAGACCACGACCUGACCAACUGGACGCCGGCCCAGCCGCUGGCCCCAGGGCGGACGGGUGGCCUGGGCCCCUCGGACCGGCAGCUGCUGCUCUUCUACCUGGAGCAGUGCGAGGCGAACCUGACCACGCUCACCAACGCGGUGGAUGCCUUCUUCACCGCCGUGGCCACCAACCAGCCACCCAAGAUCUUUGUGGCACACAGCAAGUUCGUCAUUCUCAGCGCCCACAAGCUGGUGUUCAUCGGGGACACGCUGUCACGGCAGGCCAAGGCUGCUGAUGUGCGCAGCCAGGUGACUCACUACAGCAACUUGUUGUGCGACCUCCUGCGUGGCAUCGUGGCCACCACCAAGGCUGCCGCCCUGCAGUACCCAUCGCCCACCGCUGCCCAGGACAUGGUGAACAGGGUCAAGGAGCUGGGCCACAGCACCCAGCAGUUCCGCCGGGUCCUGGGCCAGCUGGCCGCCGCCUGAGAACAGAUGACCUGAGGGACGGAGGGCGGGGGAGGAGGGCAGCGAGGUCCAGGCUGCCCUGGGCACCCUCCCCGAGAGUCUCGGUGCUACAGGCGCGGGGACAGGCAACCCCAGCUCCACCCGGGCCUGGUGCCCUAGGCUGCCCAGGGAUUUGUACAUAUUUAUGGCAGGGCAGGAUGUGCGCUCCGGGAGCCCAAGCAGAGCUGGGCCUCGGGGGCGGAGGCCACGGAGCAGGCCAGGGGGCUUCCCUGAGCGCACCGCGGGCCUGGGGAGGGUCCCGACCCUGGGUGGCCCAGCCAGGAGUACGCAGGCCCCUUGACCCACGGCCCUGGGUGACCGCUGGGGGCCGACCGCAGCCUCAUGCCAUGUUCCCCCCGCACCGGGGGUCAGUGCAGCCGUGGUGUGCUCCUCAGCACCAGGAGAAAACCCUAAAAAACUAUUUUUCAUUAUUGAUUUUCCAAUAAUUUGGCUAAUAGUCUACAUUUAAAUAAAAUUUGAAAAAUAAAAA